AUGGCGGCCACAGCAGCCGAUGCCACUCCCUCGACGGAGCAGCUGUACACCAGAGGAGGCCCGAAUGUGCCGGACAACCGUGGCCUGUCCAUGGUGGCCAAGCACCUGGAGAAGCAGCAGAAGGAGAAGGAGGCGCGCGCCAUGGAGCGCCUGCACCUGCUGCUGCCCGCGCUGGGGCCCACAGUGCGUGCGGCGGCGCUGCAGGAGUGCAACUGGGACGAGGAGCGCGCGCUGACGAUGCUGCGCCGCUUCCAGGUGGCCAAGGUGGAUGAGCUGUCCAAGCUGCACAAGGAGCGGCGGCGGCACCAGCUGGCGCUUCAGAGCGGCAAGCCGGAGAAGCGGCGCAAGGAGCAUAAGGAGGGCGGCAAGCGGCAGCGGGAUGAGGACGGCGCGGGCAGCGGCUCGGACAGCGGCAGCAGCAGUGGCAGCGAAUCGGGCAGCGGCAGCGAGUCGGAGAGCAGCAGCAGCGGCAGCGAGGACGAGCGCAGCCGGCGCAAGAGUGGCAGCAAGCGGCGGCGCAGCCGCAGCAGGGAGCGCUCGUCCAAGCGCAGCAAGAAAGAGAAGCGCAGCAGCAAGGACAAGAAGCGGAAAAAGGAGAAGCGGAGCAAGAAGGAGAAGAAGGAGAAGCGGGGAAGCAAGGACAAGGCGCGCGCCAAGCAGGCCACCAGGGGUGCCAUUGGCCACGAAUAUGGAAAGUACGGCUUGAUCCGCGAGACCGACAUGUACACCAAGCGCCCUGAGUUCCAGCUCUGGGCCAUGGAGGUCAAGAACAUCGACAUCGAGGCGAUGCCGCGCAGUGAGGAGAAGGAGAUGUUCAAGGAUUACAUGGAGGAGUUCAACACGGCCACGCUGCCCCACAGGAAGUACUACGACCUUGAGAUGUACGAGAAGCAGCAGGCGGCCAAGGCGGCGCGCAAGGGCUUACCUGCCGGGGGGGCGGUGGAGCGCACGGCCUUUGAGGAUGAGAAGGAGCGGCAGCGCGAGCUGGCGGCGGAGCGGAAGCGCAUGGCGGCGGAGAAGAUGAAGAAGGCGUACGACGAGCUGCGCACCACGGACAAGGCGAAGGACAUGCGGGAGCAGCAGCUGCUGCGCUCCCAGAUGGAGCUGGCCUACAAGACGGGCGACCGCAAGAAGGCGGAGAAGCUGGCGGAGCUGCUCAAGCCGGUGGACCUGGCGGAGAUUGGAAAGAACAAGCGGCCGCCCGCCAUGGGCACCUAA